AUGCGAUACCACCUCAACACGGCAGCGGCCGCAGGCGCAGCAGCGGCGCUCCCCGAAUGCGGCGCACGCCUGAACGCGGCCCUGGCGGACGUCAAGGCGGCGGUUGUUGCUGCCGCACCGGCCAUCUCUGGCUCGACCGUGUACACGGGCGCCGCCGGCGUCGCGUACGCCCUCGCACGCGCAUCCCGCACGGACACCUCGCUGCUGCCGCUGGCCGCGCAUCAGGCGGCCGCGGCGGCGGCGCGGCCGGGCCUGCGGCGCCGUGUUCCCGACAGCGUGAUGGACGGCCAAGCGGGCGUGGCGCUCGUGCAGGCGGUGCUCUGUGGCGCCGCUCAAGGCUUUGACCCUUGGGACCUGCGGGAAGCGCCCCUGGCUCGCUUCGCGGCCUGCUGCGGGCGCGCGGCAUCGCCAGAUCUGUCGGUGUCGGACGAGGUCCUGUACGGCCGCAGCGGCACACUGCUGGGCGCGCUCAUGCUCAACCAGCAGCUUGGCAGAAAAGUGGUGGCGGACGACCACUUGACAGCCAUAUGCGCCGCCAUCCUACACUCAGGCCUGGAGGCCAGCCUGCCGGGCCGCCCAACCGCCGGUGGCCACUGGCCGGUGAUGUGCGCCCUGGGCAGCGCCGAGGUGGAUGACACCCCCCUUGUCCACUGGUGCCAUAGUUCGCCAGGAGUAGCCAUGAUGGCCGCCAAGGCCUUCCAGGUGACGGGCUCGCGUAGGUACCUGGCGGCUGCCGUUUCGGCCGGGGAGCUCGUGUGGAAGCGCGGCCUGCUGACCAAAGGGCCGGGCCUUCGCCACGGAGUCAGCGCCACCUGCCCCACCCCUGCCGACCUGCCCGCGGCGCUGCUCAAGGCGUUCCUGUCGACCCCCAAGGGCUGGCCGGGCAUCAGCGUGAGCCCUGCCAGCGCCACCGUGUCUAUCGGAAGCACAAAGGUCGCCACCGUCUCCCUAACCGGCCUGAAGGGCACCGUCCAGUCCAAGCCCGGCAUGGCCGCCGCGAAGGUCAAGGCCAUCGCCGGCGUGGUGACGACAAGGAGCGCCCUGGCCAACCUCAGCCCCUUCAACCUGGCUGGCCAGGCGCUGGCUAUCGCCGGCAGCGGCUGCACGCUGAGGGCCAUCAACAAGAACACGCAGCUCGCAUUCUCUUGCCCCAACAUACAGGUUCAAAACCGCUUUGAGCUGAAUAAUGGCGCCGGCGAUCUCCAGAUCAAGGGCGCAAUUUCAGCUGUUGGUGAUCUGCUUAAUGGGAAGCUGGUUCCCGCAAUCAACAUACCCAUUCCUGUUUGA